AUGGGCGAAAGGGUUACUCACAGUCACGGUAUGGGUGGGAAGGGGGUGUUCGGGGGAGCACUGGUGGCACGCAGGGGGCAAAAGGGCCCACCCCCUCAAACUCUGCCAAUAAUGCACUCGUUUAUAGCAAACGUAUCAAACAGUUCACAGCGAAUGACACAUCGGGUUAAGGGUAGGGCUGUUGGCCGUGUGGGCACACAGGGAGGCAAAGGGUUAACCGGCGUGCUUUGCAAUCAAACCACCGAUUUUAGUGAUAUUAUCACCACAUCGUGUCCACAACCGCUCACGAGAGGCACCUGUUUGUCACCAGCGGACCGAUUCGCACCCAUUGUGACUAUAGUUUGCACUCUUUGGUCGCGUACAAGACAUUUGAUGUGA